UGGCCCCACUCCGAUCACGUGGCCGCACACGACAAGACCCGCGAUAUCCGUCGGACGGCGUGCGAACUCGAUCGUCGUGUCCGGUUCCGUCGGCGGCGUUCCCCCCCGACAGUAUAGUCUGUGCACGCUGGAGCGCGUGCUAUCUCUCGCAUCGUCCGGCGAACUGUUUUCGCUUUGUCGUGGAAAUAAAAUAACGUCCGCAAAACAAUAAACUAUCGGCUGCCGCCAGUGUUUGCCUUUGAUCGCGAGUGGUUUUCAGUCCAGAGCUGUGUUCGCGUUUCUUCGACAGCGGAAAGUGCACUGCAGCUCGUCGAGUACCCGGCCUAGACGCGACCGCCGAGUGCAGGUGGUUACCGCCGCGGUAACCAAAAUCGGCGGUAUCGGGCGUCCAAAAUGAACGGCGGUGGUGACCGGCAGUGGUCCGUGACCGAUUCGUCCGGCGGUGACCGGCACCGAGAAAUCCGGCUGGACGACGGCCGUGGGGGCGGAAGCCGAUACCCUCACUCGUGGCUCAGGAACAACUGUCCGUGUCCGUCUUGCGCGUCCGCCGAGUCCGGUUUCCGGAAACAAGUGAUCCGUGAUUUUCGGUUCAACUCGGCGCCGGAAAAGCUACAAAUUAUAAGCAAUGAUAAGCUCUAUGUGAAAUGGGAUGACAGCCACGAGAGUACUUAUGACUUACAAUGGCUACUAGAGAGAAAUUUUAAUGAGGGUCGAGAACGCCACGAAAAUCAGCAAGUCAAAUGGACUGCGGAAUCGUUUGCAGCUAUAUUCCGGUCAUUUAAAUAUGAUGACGUAAUCAAAAGUGACGAAACUUUACUACAGUGGUUGGAUACUUUGGCAGUUUAUGGCAUCUCGAUGAUCAAAAGUUGUGGGUUGGAACAAGACAGGGUAAAAGAACUUGCCGGGCGUGUUGCUUUUUUGAAGAAGACACAAUACGGGGAAACGUUUAAAGUUGAAGUGAACUCUGAUGCGACCAAUUUAGCAUAUAGAUCAACAUACUUACAACUACACACGGACUUGCCAUAUUACGAAUACACACCCGGGGUGAUCUUGCUGCACUGCAUCGUUCAACCGGAGUCCAGUGGCGGCGAAUCCGAAGUGACCGACGGGCUGUCGGUGUGCGACCUUCUGAAGGAAAUGGACGUGGACUGCUACAAGACGCUGUCCGCGGUGCCGGUGAGGUGGAUUGACCGCGGCCACGACGCCGGCUACAACUUUCAUAACGUUUACGUCUCGCCCGUAAUUUGCGAAGACAGUUAUGGGAAUGUCAAGAGAAUUAAUUUUAGUGAGCAUCACAGAGAUUCGAAAUUUCCUGUAUCAAUAGAUAAGGUACACAUUUGGUAUGAUGCAAUCGAAAAAUUUGUAAAGAUUGCGUACAACGAAAAGAUCAUCAGCACUUUUAAAAUGAAACCGGGGGACAUUUUAACUUUUGACAACCAUCGAGUACUUCACGGAAGAAAAGGAUACCAUGGCUCUAGAUUAUUAAUUGGAGGUUAUUUAGACUGGGAUUUGAUAAAAUCAAGAACUCGUGUACUCCGAUCUCAACUGUCAAAUAAAAAUAUUAACUAAUCAUACAAAUAGUUUAUGUAUAUAAAUUAUGAGUAAAAUUUUUAUGUAAUCCAGUAAUGAUGAUUGAUUAACCAUUGGCUAAACUAAAUAAACUCAGUUAAAAUAUAUUAUAUACAUUUUGUGACGCA